AUGGCAGGAGCUGCAACCGGGGAUGCGAACUGCGACGGUGAGAGAUCCUUCUCAGAGUCGUGUUCGUCCUCAUGUCUGCGCCCGGUGCCCCCCACGCAGACGACGAACCUCGCCGCGGUGAUGGAGUCCCUCGCGAAGGAGCAGAGCGAGGCCGAGGCCGCGUCGCGGCCCGCCACGGCCCGGAAAGAGGCCCGCCGCGCCGCUGCAGCAGCUCCAGCCGCCGCUGCGCCCGCGACAGCGCCGGGCCAGGAGGACGGCGAGCCGGCAGUGGACGCCCCGACGGACGGCACGGCGGUGGUCGUUCCGGCGACCCCGGGCGCGGCGCCGGCGUCCGAGCCGGGGGCGUCAAACCACGGCAGCACAUCAGUCGACAACAGCGCGCACCUAGAGCGGACGCCGAAGGGCAGCAUGCGCGUCAAAAAGGGCGGGGACAAGACGCUCGGGCCGGGCGGGCGGCUGGAGGCAAAGGUGCCGGGGACGUCGAUGGCGGGCCAGGGGCGGUACGCGGCAGUGGCUGGCGGGCGGUAG